AGACAGGAAGAUCCAAGCCCGACGUUGUCGUGUCGGCAACUCAUCCGGAAUAGCGACAUUCACAAAAAAGUACACUGAUUAGCAACUCAUCCGUCCAUUUUCAGCUCGAGUUCAUCGACGACACGUCAAUUACAGCGCAAACAUCCACUCACUGUUCUUCCCACCUCUUCAAUUCUCUCUUUCCAUCUGUAUUCAAUGUGUUCUUUUAUGGGUUUUUGUUCCUAAAUCCACUGAAGCUCGCAAAAAGGAGCUCUAAUGGCGUUUGUGCUAGGUCUUGUGCUCGGUGUGUUUGUCGGGUUAGGUCUCAUCGUCAGCUUCGUGAAGUCCGAGAAUGUCCGGUCGAAGCGACGGGCUGAUCUUGCUGCUACAAUCGCUGCUUUUGCUAGAAUGACAGUGGAUGAUUCGAAAAAGAUCUUGCCUCCUCAGUAUUAUCCCUCUUGGGUCGUCUUUUCUCAGAGCCAAAAGCUGGCUUGGCUCAAUCAGCAUCUUACCAAGAUUUGGCCAUAUGUUAAUGAGGCAGCUUCUGAUCUGAUAAGAUCUUCAGUAGAGCCUGUUCUUGAACAAUACAGACCUAUCAUACUGUCAUCACUCAAGUUUUCCAGGUUCACUCUUGGCACUGUGGCUCCUCAAUUCACAGGAAUUUCUAUAAUUGAAGAUGGGGGAACUGAUGGUAUCACUAUGGAGUUGGAAAUGCAAUGGGAUGGCAAUCAAAGUAUAAUACUUGAUAUAAAGACUAGACUAGGCGUUGCACUACCCGUGCAGGUAAAAAGCAUUGGAUUCACAGGCGUUUUCAGGUUGAUAUUCAAGCCUAUGGUUGACGAAUUCCCAUGCUUUGGUGCAGUUUGUUUUUCUUUACGGCAAAAGAAAAAGCUGGACUUUACACUCAAAGUUAUUGGAGGGGACAUCUCAGCAAUACCUGGGCUUUACAGUGCACUAGAGGGAACAAUUCGAGAUGCUGUAGAAGAUUCUAUUACAUGGCCUGUUAGAAAAGUUAUCCCUAUCUUGCCUGGAGAUUACAGUGACCUGGAAUUGAAGCCUGUUGGGAUAUUAGAGGUGAAACUUGUGCAGGCAAAAGAGUUAACGAAUAAGGAUCUGAUUGGAAAGUCCGAUCCAUAUGCCGUGUUAUACAUUCGGCAUCUACGUGACCGAAUGAAGACCAGCAAAAUAAUUAACAAUGAUUUGAAUCCAAUUUGGAAUGAGCACUUUGAGUUUGUUGUUGAAGAUGAAUCGACACAACAUUUGGUCGUGAAGGUUUAUGACGAUGAAGGACUUCAGGCUUCUGAGCUUAUAGGAUGUGCUCAGAUACGAUUAAGCGAGCUUCAACCGGGUAAAGUGAAGGAUGUGUGGUUGAAACUGGUUAAAGAUCUGGAAGUUCAUAGAGAUAAUAAAAACAGGGGGCAGGUGCACUUGGAGCUUCAAUACUGUCCUUUCGGUAUGGAAAGUGGCUUUACAAAUCCAUUUGCCUCUGAUUUUCCAAUGACUUCCUUAGAGAGUGUCCUCAAGAGUCAGGCAAAUGGAACGGAAGCUACCGAAAACGGACAAGCUGUCACACCGAAGAGGAAAGGGGUUAUUAUUAGAGGAGUACUUUCCGUGACUGUGAUAUCUGCAGAAGACUUGCCUGCAACAGAUCUUGUAGGAAAGUCUGACCCAUAUGUUGUAUUCACCAUGAAAAAAUCAGAAAUGAAGAACAAAACAAGGGUUGUGAAUGAGAGCUUAAAUCCCAUAUGGAAUCAGACUUUUGACUUUGUUGUUGAAGACGGACUACAUGACAUGCUUAUAGCUGAAGUUUGGGAUCACGACACUUUCGGAAAGGAUUAUAUGGGCAGAUGCAUUUUGACACUUACAAGAGUAAUAUUAGAAGGGGAAUACAAGGAAUCGUUUGAACUUGAUGGAGCCAAGUCAGGGCGGUUAAAUCUACACCUCAAAUGGAUGCCACAGCCUAUCUACCGUGAUUCCUAAGCAAUUCCCAGAACUGUAAACCAGUAAGUUGAGGAUGUACAAUACCUACUUCUCAGAGCAGAUCAGUUGAACAAUGAGUCUCACGUCUUGUAUAAGAAAUAUACAUUCUAUUUUUGAGGUCAAAAAUAGAAAUUCUCACCCUAUAUGUCAUUGAGCCUAAAAAAUAAAAUAAGAUUCAGAU